GAUCGGUACCUUUUCUCGGUUGAGAUCAGCGGCUAAACAAAUGAAAAAUAGAGUGGCUUUUUUGUUUGGGACAAUAGUUUCCCAUUGUGGCUCGUCCGUAGAUCAUCCGUCUCGCUGCUCCGAUUAAUCGGAUUCUGAGCCAAAGACUUUCAGUUCCUCAUCACCUGAUUUGAAAAAUGUCUUAAAGAAGGAAGACCAUUUGCGAAUUACUUGCACGGAAGAAAAGAAAGGGAUCGCCACCGAAGCGAAAUAUUCACUGUGCAAAGGAGCAGGCGCAUCCAAACAUGAGCUUCGAGAUUUUGGAACCGCUCUUUUCCAUCAAAAACGUCACCACUUUAGUCACAAUUGCUCCACCGGAAUCGGAACUGACUAUUUCUUCGCCGGAGGAAAUGGAAGUGCUCUUGGACGUGAAGGUGGAGCAGGAGCCGGAGGAGGAGCCCCAACAACCAUCAGCCCGGAGUCCGGUGAAUACCCCUACCACGGAGUGCAGCUGCAUUGCACGGGUGUGCGACUUGGAGCAACGCUUCAUGGCUCGGCUCGACCGCGUCGAGCAGUUGUUACUUGAACGGAACGUCAGCAGCUCCACUCACGUCGCGCCACAGUCGGUGUCCGUGCGCGUGAAGGAGGAGCAGGAGUCGGAGGAGGAGCCCCAACAACCACCAGCCUGGAGCCCGGUAAACCGCCCUACCACGGAGUGCAGCUGCAGUGCGCUGGUGCACGAGUUGGAGCAGCGCUUCAAUGCUCGGCUCAACCGAGUCGAGCAGUUGUUGCUUGAACAAGUCCCGCAGUCCUGCGCCCCGCAAUCCCCUGCCACGCAGCUCUCCACUGCACCUCGCAGACCCAGCAGCACCGCUCACGCCUCUCCACAGCGAGUUGUAGCCAGUUGCGGUACCUCCAAACUGCAGCUCCGUCUUAGUGAUGCUGCCGCCAAGCUUCUUCCAGUGAGCUCCUGGAAGCAGCUGGAAAGCCUGGAAAAGUUGGCAUCAUUACCAGGAUGUUCCAAAAGCGUGUUUUUGAAUAUGCGGUCGAAAGUAAAGGUCACCCGCAAAACUAGAGGCGGUAAUCCGUUGAAGCACAUUAUUGACCUUUACUUUCGACGGCCGUUUUUGAACAUAUGCGUCUGGAAAAAACCGACAGACGAAAGCCCUAUUGUACUGACGAGGUACAAGGCAACCUUGCGGGUGCUGUUUGAGGUAGUGCAACGCUACAACCCGCGAUAUAGGGAGGAAGAGUUCCACAGAAUUCUACAAUCGUAUGUGAAGAACUCGUACCAGCGGUUGAAGAACGACCCUCUACGACGCGUGCCUAUGCCUAAUGAUUUUGCAGUGCAAUGUGAACCAAUGUGAAGUUACGCACAUCAGCUGCGGUGCAGGUUCAGCUUCAGAACUUACGCUGAGCAGGCUUCUAGCAAGGCGAUGAGCGCGCUGGACGCACGCAUCAUGCCGAAGCGCACGAUUGGGGGCCUCAGCAGCACCAAAAAAGGGUUGCUUCCGAGUGUCGUCA